UUUUUGUCCUCCACCCCCCUCCGACUCUCAGUCCCUCGGACUCUCCACACCACCAUCAGCCCUCCUCCCCUCUGCUUCCUUCAUCAUACUCUCUAUCCGGACCUCUCUCUGCCUCUUCCUCAACUAUAUUUCCCAUCACGCUCUCAUCGCGGACCCGAGUUCGUGCCAUAUACAUAG